AGGCCAAAACGUAGCGGGAAAUUGCACCGUAGCUCGCCAUUAAUGCUGCUCAAGCUCAAGUUGCAGAUAGGAGCGAAAAAAGCGGGGGGGCAAGGGUCAACUUGCUCCGCUGCUCUAACCUAAACCCUCACCAGGUCUUCAAAGUUCUCACCUUUAUCUCGCUAUCAGUUGAAAGAUAGGGGGCUAGAUUCGCUGGAUUCGCUUUGGGGCUAGAUUCGCUGGAUCUCGAUUUGGAAACCUAGGGUUUUUAAGAGGGUCGUUGAGAGAGAGGAGGUGAAUCUGUGAGAAAUUGGUUGCUUUUUGGAUGGGGAAUUGUUGGGGUGUGAAGAUUAAGGCGUUGAGCCUCUCUCACAGCUUUGCAACUUCAGGUGUAAAGUCUAGAAGUAAUGGCAAUGGAAAGGGACUGAGUGGUUCUAGCAGUAGGGUUUCUUCCUCUUCUAUUCCUCCUACUCCUCGGAGCGAGGGUGAGAUCCUACAAUCUUCCAAUGUGAAGAGCUUCACUUUCAACGAACUCAAGAGCGCUACGAGAAAUUUCCGACCCGACAGUGUUUUGGGUGAAGGAGGUUUUGGUUCUGUCUUUAAAGGGUGGAUCGAUGAACACACUCUCACAGCAACAAAACCCGGCACUGGAAUUGUCAUUGCUGUGAAGAGGCUCAAUCAAGAAGGUUACCAAGGUCACAGAGAAUGGCUGGCUGAAGUAAAUUACUUGGGUCAGCUGUAUCAUCCCAAUCUUGUGAAGUUGAUUGGGUAUUGCUUAGAGGAUGAACACCGUUUGCUUGUUUAUGAGUUUAUGCCUCGGGGAAGCUUAGAGAAUCAUCUUUUCAGGAGUAAGCUUAUACGGUUUUGGACAAAUUUUUUGGCUUACAUAUUUUGGUUAGUUUUAAUUCAAACUUUUAUUUGCGCAGGGGGUUCGUAUUUUCAACCUCUUUCUUGGAAUCUCCGUAUGAAAGUUGCACUCGGAGCUGCAAAAGGACUUGCAUUUCUUCAUAGUGCCGAGACAAAAGUUAUAUAUCGUGAUUUUAAGGCCUCUAAUGUCCUUCUUGAUUCUAAUUACAAUGCAAAACUUUCUGAUUUUGGAUUGGCAAAAGAUGGUCCUACCGGGGAUAAAAGUCAUGUUUCUACUAGGGUCAUGGGGACAUAUGGAUAUGCUGCUCCUGAGUAUCUCGCUACCGGUCACUUAACUGCCAAAAGCGACGUAUAUAGCUUUGGCGUCGUCCUUCUGGAGUUGCUAUCAGGUCGACGAGCAGUAGACAAAAACCGCCCAAAUGGAGAACACAAUUUGGUCGAAUGGGCGAGGCCUUACCUCUUAAGCAAGCGCAAGAUUUUCAGAGUUUUGGACACUAGACUUGAAGGUCAAUACUCUCUCAGUGGAGCUCAGAAAGCUGCUCAAGUUGCUGUUCAGUGCUUAUCCACUGAAGCUAGGUACAGGCCGACGAUGGAUGAAGUUGUAAAUGCACUCAAACAGCUCCAAGAGACGAAGGAUACUGUUAGAAACCCUCGUGUACAUCAGAAAGUGAACGGUCAGGGGGGUCGACGUAAAAGUAUGGGCGAAGUUGGUAAUAGGAGAGUGUCAUAUCCAAGACCCUCAGCAUCGCCUUUGUAUGCUUAGUAGAAUUUGGAGAGCUGUAUGUGUUGUAUUUGUUAUGCUUAUAUGCCUUUGAGUUUAGUGUACAGUUCAUGUCUUGUUUGUUCUUUCUGAUUGUGUAUCUGACACAGACUUUCCUCAGUACAAUUGCUGGAGUAUUUAAGAUUGGUAGUUUUGAGGAAAUGAGGCAUGUAUUUUGCUUAGUGUUUGAAAGUGAAGGAGGCAAGAUUUUUUUUUUU